AGGUGGUGCCAGGCUGGUUGUUAGCUGCCGCCGCCGCUCACCCCGGCCGUCCGGUCGCUUCAUUGUCACCGGGCCUCGGGGUAGUGUUGGGGGUGGCGGGGCGCCAGGUCGCCGACCCGAGGUUUGGGCGCGACUGGUUCCGCAUCCCCUCCCCGCCGGCCGAAUCUGCAGGCCCCGCGCGCCAGGCAGGCUUCGCGGCUGCGCCCCCGGCCCGCGCAGGGCCUGCCUCGUCCACCAUGAAAGGCACCCGGGCCAUCGGCAGCGUCCUGGAGCGCAGCCCAGUAGGUGUGGACCUGAGUCUGACAGGUCUCCCUCCGCCUGUGUCCCGGCGCCCUGGCAGCGCUGCCACCACCAAGCCCAUCGUCCGCUCUGUCUCCGUGGUCACAGGCAGCGAGCAGAAGAGGAAGGCGCUGGAGGCCACAGGGCCUGGGGGCUCCCGGGCCAUCAACAACCUUAGAAGAUCCAACAGCACCACGCAGGUCAGCCAGCCUCGGAGUGGCUCCACCAGGCCAACGGAGCCCACGGACUUCCUGAUGCUCUUCGAGGGCAGCCCCAGUGGGAAAAAGAGGCCGGCCAGCCUGAGCACAGCCCCCAGCGAGAAGGGAGCCACCUGGAACGUCCUGGAUGACCAGCCCCGGGGCUUCACCUUGCCAUCCAAUGCCCGGAGUUCCAGUGCCCUUGACUCACCAGCGGGCCCGCGAAGGAAAGAAUGCACCGUGGCCCUGGCCCCCAACUUCACUGCUAACAACAGGAGCAACAAGGGAGCUGUGGGCAACUGCGUCACCACCAUGGUGCACAACUGCUACACCCCCUCGGAGAGGGUGCCCCCGCUCAAGAGCUCCAACCAGACCGCCCCCUCCCUCAACAACAUCAUCAAGGCAGCCACCUGUGAGGGCAGCGAGAGCAGCGGCUUCGGGAAGCCGCCGAAGAACGUCUCCAGUGCCACCCACUCGGCCCAGAACAACGCUGGGGGCAGCAUGGGCCUGCCCAGGCGGAAGGAGGUGACGGAGGAGGAGGCUGAGAGGUUUAUCCACCAGGUGAACCAGGCCGCUGUCACCAUCCAGCGCUGGUACCGCCACCAGGUGCAGCAGCGCCGAGCAGGAGCUGCCCGCCUGGAGCACCUGCUGCAGGCCAAGCGGGAGGAGCAGCAGCAGCGGUCAGGUGAGGGGACCCUCUUGAACCUGCACCAGCAGAAAGAGGCAGCCAGGAGGAAGGCCCGGGAGGAGAAGGCGCGCCAAGCCAGGCGAGCAGCCAUUCAGGAGCUGCAACAGAAACGAGCCCUGAGAGCCCAGAAGGCGAGCACUGUUGAGCGUGGGCCACCUGAGAAUCCCAGGGAGACCAGAGUGCCAGGGACACGACAGCCUGCUCAGGAGCUGUCCCCCAUGCCAGGCGGCACUGCCCACCAGGCCCUCAAGGCCAACAACGCUGAUGCUGGCCUCCCUGCUGCAGGCCCCGGAGACCGCUGCCUGCCCACCUCCGCCUCAUCCCCAGAACCACAGCAGCCUCCAGAGGACAGGAUGCAGGACGUUCUCGUGCAGGAUGCAGCUGGAGACAACCUGGAGAUGAAGGCCCCGAGCAGGGGGCCGCUGGAGGAGCUGCUGCACACGCUGCAGCUGCUGGAGAAGGAGCCGGACCCGCUGCCCUGCCCCAGGGCCCAUCACAGGGGCAGAUACGCCUGGGCCAGCGAGGUGACCACGGAGGAUGAUGCCAGCUCUCUGACAGCUGACAACUUGGAGAAAUUUGGAAAACUCAGCGCGUUCCCCGAACCCCCAGAGGAUGGGACGCUGCUUUCGGAGGCCAAGCUACAAAGCAUCAUGAGCUUCUUGGACGAGAUGGAGAAGUCUGGGCAGGACCAGCUGGACCCCCAGCAGGAGGAGGGAUGGGUGCCGGCGGCGGGGCUGGGGCCCCUGGAGCUGGGGUCCGAGGUGAGCACAUCUGUGAUGCGGCUGAAGCUGGAGGUGGAGGAGAAGAAGCAGGCCAUGCUGCUGCUGCAGAGAGCGCUGGCGCAGCAGCGAGACCUCACGGUCCGGCGGGUCAAGGAGACAGAGAAGGCGCUGAGCCGGCAGCUGCAGCGGCAGAGGGAGCACUAUGAGGCCACCAUCCAGCGGCACUUGGCCUUCAUUGACCAGCUGAUUGAAGACAAGAAGGUCCUGAGUGAAAAGUGCGAGGCUGUGGUGGCCGAGCUGAAGCAGGAGGACCAGAGAUGCACCGAGCGUGUGGCCCAGGCACAGGUGCAGCACGAGCUGGAGAUUAAAAAACUCAAAGAAUUAAUGAGUGCCACCGAGAAAGCCCGCCGGGAGAAGUGGAUCAGUGAGAAAACCAAGAAGAUCAAGGAGGUCACUGUCCGAGGUCUGGAGCCCGAGAUCCAGAAGCUGAUUGCCAGGCACAAGCAGGAAGUGCGGAGGCUCAAGAGCCUGCACGAGGCGGAGCUGCUGCAGUCGGAUGAGCGGGCUUCGCAGCGCUGCCUGCGCCAGGCCGAGGAGCUGCGGGAGCAACUGGAGCGGGAGAAGGAGGCGCUGGGCCAGCAGGAGCGCGAGCGUGCUCGGCAGCGGUUCCAGCAGCACCUGGAGCAGGAGCAGUGGGCACUGCAGCAGCAACGGCAGCGGCUGUACAGCGAGGUGGCUGAGGAGAGGGAGCGGCUGGGCCAGCAGGCAGCAAGGCAGCGGGCGGAGCUGGAGGAGCUGAGGCAGCAGCUGGAGGAGAGCAGCUCUGCGCUGACCCGAACCCUGAAGGCCGAGUUUGAGAAGGGCAGGGAGGAGCAGGAGCGCCGGCACCAGAUGGAGCUGAAGGCUCUGAAGCAGCAGCUGGAGCUAGAGAGGCAGGCGUGGGAGGCCGGCUGCGCCAGGAAGGAGGUGGGGGCCUGGGCGCCCAGGUGGGCAGGGGUCGGGGGCUGCCCCGGGUGGGUUUUGCUGCUGCUGUGGCAUCCUGGGGGCUCGUUUCUGGGAGUCACAUCUGGCUGCUUGGGGUUGUCGUCUGAACUGACGCUGAGUGUGUUGCUUUCAGCCCAUCUUUUGCGUGGGCUCUGGAAGGAUCAAGGGUGCCUGGAGCGCAUCCUCUGUGGUCCGAGAACAGGCGUUGCCCCCCUCGCUAGGGGCUGCUACACCCCUGCGCCCCAUGACCAGCCCCCUGACCCUCAGAUGUACAGAGAGGCACACGUACAACAGGGGCCCCCCCUUAGCCUCUGGGGCCUUCUGCGGGGGUGGACUCUGCCACGGUGACAGUCCCACACACAUUCUCACCACCCAUGCCCGCCGUGAGGCCACAGUCCAGGCUGACCGUGCCCGUCACCUGGUUUCACACCCUGGUGGGCCGGGAUGUCACCCAGCAGCCAGGCAGGCUUUGGCAGUGGACGCCUCUGGGCCCAGGAGCAUGCCCCCGACAUAGGCUUGUGGGGUCCAGGGCUGGGCACAUGAAACUCUGGGAGUUUUCAGAGGCUUCCAAGAGGCUGCCAGCUUAGGCUCUGAAUGCCUGGGCUUGGGGGCCCAGGCCCUGCCCUCAGCAACACACAAGUCCAACUUUCCCAUCCCAUCUGGUAGCAGAAGGUGGCCUCAGGUCAUCGUGGGCUGUGGGUCUCUGAGGGAGGGGACCCUGGGCUGUGCAUCAUGACGAUCUCUGGUAUGCCUAUUCCCACACUGGGUCCUGAUGACAGGACGUAGCGCAUCCCGGGACGGGGGUCUGGAGAGGGGGAAGGCCCCUUUCUCCCCUGUGGCUCAGAACCUGGAGCCCCCCGGGACCCCCUGAGGCUGGCCCUGGCCCCGCGGGCUGGCUCUGGGUGGCAACCCCCAGGCAGCGCGUGUCCCCCCAGGAGGCGUGGCUGCUGAACCGGGAACAGGAGCUGAGGGAAGAAAUCCGGAAAGGCCGGGACAAGGAGAUUGAGCUGG